GAGGAGGAAGAGUGCUCUCAUCACUCAUUGAGCGAUCUGUUCAGGCAAUUAAGUUGUGUAUCUACUCGAGUGAUGACUACAGAAGAAUUAUUUCAAGAUAAGCCCAGAUCGCAAGUUGCUUCUACCUUCUAUCAUCUUCUUGGACUAGCCUCAAAAAGCAGAAUUCGGGUUUAUCAACGAGAACCUUAUGGAAGCAUUGACGUUACUGUGAUGCCACUGAUGUUUACUGACUAAGAAUAGAAAAAUCGACUAAAAGACAGUUUCCUUUUACUGAAAAAGUAUCACCCAGGAAAAUCUCAAAGUCGGACAAGAAAAGUGACAUUGCUCCACAAUUUUUUAUUGUUCUAAUAGAGAAUUCAUCAAAAUGUGCAUUUGUAAAAUAUGCUAGAAAAAAAAUAAUAAAAAAAAAAAUAGGAUGCAGAAAUUGUAAACGAGAAUUUUACCAUAAUUGUGCAAAAUAACAUAAAAAAGGUGCAUAUUGGGUAGAAAAAAUGAAUCAAUUGCAAAAGACGGUUUUUUUUCAGAUAAAAAAAAA